AUGAUUAAAUUUCGUUACAAACGUAAAGAACCAACAAAUAUUGUUGGUUCGAGUGGUGAUAAAACGCAAACCAGCAAUAAUAAUAGCAACGGCACCAAAUCAUCAUCCAGCGGUAGUAGCAGUAAUGCUAAUAACUCACCCAUCUCAACCAUAUCCAAACCGGAUGAUAGUAAAGAAAAUUGUAAACCAAUAUCGAUAAUACCUUUGCAAAAAAGUAGCAGUUGCAGUAAUGCCUCAAAUGGUCUCAAAUCGCCCAUGUCAUCGCAAUUGGUGACCAGUGCACCGAUAAGUAUUGUAAAUUCCACCUCGCAAAUGUUACAAUAUCCACAACAUUGUCAAAUGGUGUUGUCUGUGGGUGGUGGCGGUACUUUGCCACGUAGUACCCCCAAGAAGGCCAUUAUGGAUCCAAGGGAUGGCCACAAAUCGGCUACAUUAACGAGGCAAUCGAAUACCUUGCAGAAUAAUCGUAAACUAUUGCCAUCAUUGGCCAAGGUGGCAUCGACAGCGGAAUUGGCCGGUAUGGGCUAUGGAAAAAGCAAUCAAAUGAACAACAACAGCAGUUUGAGUAGUGGCAUUAUUUUAAGUCCGGAAAAUAUUGCCGAACGGGAUCGUUGUAUUAAUGCAGUUAUUGAACUUUUCCAACAAUUACAAACCAGUUCCGAACCGGCCUUGUGCCCUGAACCUUUGCGCCGUGCCUUGGCCUCUGGCCCAUUGGCUGGACGCCGUUUUCCUUUGGGUUGUUUGGGUGAUGCUGCCGAAUGUUUUGAACUGCUACUGCAUCGUGUCCACUCCCAUAUCUCUGCAGAUGAUAGUGACGCAUGUGAGUCACAGGCCUGCAUUGCCCAUAGACGUUUUGCCAUGCGUGUCAUUGAACAAAGUGUGUGCAAAUGUGGUGCCAAUUCCGAGCAGUUGCCAUUUACUCAGAUGGUCCACUAUGUCUCAGCCUCGGCAUUGACCUCACAAAAUUCCCUGGCUUUGCAAAAUCAUCAACAAUUGACCUUUGGCCAAUUGUUAAGGGCAGCCGGCAAUAUGGGUGACAUUCGUGAUUGUCCGAGUUCCUGUGGUGCCAAAAUCGGCAUUUGCCGUGCCCUAUUAAAUCGUCCCGAUGUUGUCUCCAUUGGCAUUGUUUGGGAUUCGGAGAGACCAGCUGCCGAUCAGGUCCAUUCGGUGUUGAAGGCGAUUGGUACAAGUUUACGUUUAUCUGAUGUUUUCCAUCAGGUCAGCGAUCAACGUUGGGCCCAAGGUGUCCAACAUGAAUUGGUCGGCAUUGUAUCGUAUUAUGGCAAACAUUAUACCACAUUCUUUUUCCAUACCAAACUAAAGGUUUGGGUAUAUUUUGAUGAUGCCAAUGUUAAGGAGGUUGGCCCCCAUUGGGAAGGUGUGGUCGAUAAAUGUAGCCGUGGUCGUUAUCAACCGUUGUUGCUGCUCUAUGCAGUACCACAACCCCAAACCGUUCCGCAAGCUAACAAUGCUCCCGUGGCCAAUAUCCAAAUGUCAUCCGCUCAAUAUAUGCAUGAAAUGGCCAAUAAUUCGCAGUCGCCAGCAGUUCGACGCGCCAUUACCCCCAGCCCAGAGAAACCACAAAUGGGCAAUACCAGACGUGCCAUAACACCCACCCCGCUACGCAUGCCCAAUGAUUAUCAAAACCUAAGUGUUAUACAGAAAAAUAUAUUCCCACCAGGGCAGCAGCAGCAACAACAAGCACAACAGCAGCAGCAGCAAAAUCCUUCCGAUCCAUCUGGCCAUCUAAAUACCGAUGAAACCGAUGCCUAUAUUAGUCGCAAAACUGUGGAACAUGUCCUCAGUGCCCAAUAUCAAAAUUUGAGUAUUAUUCAGGAUAAAAUCUUUCCUCAGGAUGAGAAGGAUAUCAAUGCUUUGAAUAAUUAUCAGCAGCGUAAAUCAUUGGAGGCUGUGUUGAAUUCACAGCUGGCCCGUAAACAUCAACAACAUUUACAGUUGCAAAGGUCGCAUAGUGCCGAAUCGGGUCAUGUCUCGGGUGGAAGUUCUUCAGCCUCAUCCACCACAUCUUCGACCAAUAGCUCGUCGCCACCCAGUGAUGGUCUCACCAUACCGGAACAUUUAAAUCAACCCCGCCGUCGUGAUUCAGGCAAUUGGUCUGGUGAUCGCAACUCGGCCAGUUCUGCUUCCUCAACCACCUUGGAUAACCCAUAUCUGUAUAUGGUGGGUAAACGUUCAGCAGCGGCGGUACCACAAAGUCCCACCCGCAAUGGCUUACCCUACGAUCCGGGUUAUGAUUCGUUCUCGUUGAGUUCCACCGAUUCUUAUCCACCAAAACAUCCAUUGAAUCCACAAUUGGCUAAGAUACCCGAAUCCUCACCCUCCGUGGUGUUGACAGGGGAUUGUGAAAAAUUGUGCCACGAAGCUGAUCAGUUACUGGAGAAAUCUCGCAUUCUAGAAGAGUCCCACGAUUUGGAGACAGCUUUGGUUCUGUGUAAUGCUGCAGCGGGACGUGCUCGUGCUGCCAUGGAUGCCCCUUAUAGCAAUCCCCAUACCAUGACAUUUGCUCGCAUGAAACAUAACACCUGUGUUAUGCGUGCACGCUCCUUGCAUCGCCGCAUUCUCUUGGAGAAGGGUGCGGAAAUGGAUGCCAUGCCUGAAAUGAAACAUAUGCGUGAAGGUUCGACCAGUAGUGUUAUCAAACAUGUUCGACAGAAUAGUAAAGAUAAGACCUUGGAUGGUAAUUCGAACACAGCCACCGCCAAUUCUCCUGCUUCGGCGGGAAAUGCAAAUGGCAACAACAAUAAAUCCAUUGAGAUUUAUGCCACAUUGCCGAAAAAGAAGAGUCCUCUGAAGGCUUUGGUCACCGCCUCCUUGGCUUCUAAUGAUACUGACAAUAUUGAAUAUGAAGCCACCCCUGCAGUGGCUGCCAAACCGGAAAGGGAGAGCCGUUCCCUAUUCGGACGCAGCAGCAAAUCGGAGAAAGAUAAACGUAGCCGCAGUGAAGAUCGCAAUAAAAUUAGCCGAGAAUUUUCACUCACGGAAACUCUGCUCGUCAAUGCCAAGGAUACGCUGAAAAAGCACAAAGAGGAUAAAGAUGAAAAGAAGGAAAAGGAUAAAAAUGGCAAGAAACAACAUAAAAUCCGCCGUAAGUUGUUAAUGGGUGGCCUGAUAAGACGUAAAAAUCGUUCCAUGCCUGAUCUCACCGAGGCUGGUGAUGAGGCAAAAACCGAACAACAAGCUGUCGCCAAUCCUCCUCCCCUAACCGCCUCCGUAGAUGAUUCCGUUGUUGGCCUACAACAUGCCAAUUCGAUGAGUGGUUACAUUUCCGAGGGACACUUUGAUUACCGCGAGGGCAAUGGCGCAGCCAAUGGUGGCAACACUGCCAAUCCCAAUUUGGAACGUAGCAAAUUGAUGCGUAAGAGUUUCCAUGGUAGUGGUAGGCAAUUGACUGUGGUGGCCAAGGUACAACCACCUCCACCGCCCAUGAGAACCUCAUCCACACUGACACAACAACAGUUGCAGCAGCAAUUGGCAUUGCAACAGCAGCAGGAUGCUGCACUCAUGCAACAUUUCCAUCAUGAGGCCACCCUCUCUAACCUCUCGGUUAUGAGUUCGAACACUUCGAUCAGUGAAGAUUCCUGCCAGACCAUAAUCACCACCUGUGCUCAAGUGCACAACGAACAAAGCCCCUUGGCCAAGGAACAUUUAUAUCAGCAAGCCUACAAGUCAACUGAACAAUUGGCCGAUGAAAUAGAUGGUGGUGGUAUGACUCCCGUCCAUGGACGACAAGAUUCCCAAGAUUUCCCACCACCACCACCGCCAUUGGAACUGCCUCCCUACCCCAGCCCACCGCAUAGUGUUAGCCAUUCACGACAGGCCAGUGAAGAUUUCCCUCCACCACCACCGGAAAUCGAUUUGGAACCGUUGAAUCAGCAAAUCAAUCAAAUCCAGGCUUUGGAGGCAGCCAAUAAACAGCAGCAACAACAACAGCAAAGAAACCUGGAAACCAUGGAGGGAACGACGAGUAUUUUGGCUCAGCUACAGCAAAGGCAACAUUUGAUGAAAAUGCGCAAGGAGCAUGGCAAUACUCCCACUUUUGCCGGCAACAACAACUCGACGAAUGAAAACUCCUGGCUGCGAGAAUUGCAAUCGAAGCAGUUGCAACGUCAACAGGAUUUGACAAAUGUCCAAUCGAUUGCCCAGCGCUACGAACAGCAGCAACAACAACAAUCGCCAAGUCCCAUGCGGGCUUUUGGUUCCCAGGAACUCCUCAAUGUGAAAUCUCAACCAAUGCGGGCUUCUCUCAAUGGAGUGCCGCAGAAAUCGGAAAGCGAUGAGGUGGAUUGUUUGCCUCAAAGGCCACCACUACCACCCCAGGCUUUGCAACAAAGACAACAACUGCUACAGCAGCAACAGCAACAAAUGUCCUCUAUUUUGCCCAAACCGAAAUAUGACAUUUCUCAGACACAAAUUGCCGAAGAGAUACGUGAAGUGGAACUGCUGAACAAUAUGGUCCAACAGACCCUGAACUCCAACGCCACUCAACCUGCCGCGACAAAUAAUAAUGCCCCACCUAAACGUGUCAAGAAGAAAAGUGUCUCCUUCUGCGAUCAGGUUAUCCUGGUGGCCACUGCCGAUAAUGAAGAGGAUGAUGAUUUCAUACCCAAUCCCAUUUUGGAAAGGGUAUUGCGUACCGCCCAAAGUCCCAAUGAUAAGGUGACCGCCCAAAUGAUACAACAACAGCAACAGAAUAUUAUGAGGCUACAAACCGAGGCUCCAACACGAGGUGGAGUGCAACAACAGCCGCAGCAGCAACAACAAAUGCAAAUGGCCCAGCCCUCUCCAAUGUUGGGCGUCGAGAGACGUGCUGCCUUAUCGGGAGCCCAGGAUAUGCAGCGAUAUGUCCAGCUGCAAAGGCCACAAUUGGAGGCCAUGCGUUUACAGCAACAACAAAUACAACAGCAGCAAAUGCAACAACAACACAUACAACAACUGCAAAUGCAGCAACAAAUGCAAAAAUCCCAACAGCAGCAGCCACAAUUACCCCCCGGCCAGGUGUACACCCCCAUUCAAGACAUUUAUCGCCUGCAGCAACAGCAACAACAACAGCACCAACAACAAUUGGCUGCAAGUAAUAACAUGUCUCAUGUCACACACAGUGAAAUGCCCUCCCAGCAGAAUCCCAUGCAACCACGCACCAGUAUGAGCGGCAUCGCUAAUGUUGCCGCGUCGCAACAUAUGCAGAUGUUGGCAACGCAUACACAACAACAACAAGCACAACAACAAAAUUACACUAUGCCUCCCCGGGCGGCCGCUGCCCCUAACUAUUAUCCUGGCAUUGCAGGUUUGGAACAACCCCAGCAGCAGCAACAACAACCCCCACAACACAUUCCCUCUCCCUAUCAACGUGUUCCCAUGCCUCAUGGCUAUCCACAACAUCACAGUGAAUCUCCACAAUUUAAUCGUCCUGCGCCACAACAUGUUCAAAAUGCUAAGAUUGUCAAUCAACCGGUGAAGACGAAGAAAGUGAGCUUUGAACCUGGCACCAAGGGUGAUGCCAGUGAAAGCAACAGUCUGCCGCCCAAGCCCAUGCAGCAGCAACAACAACAGCAACUACUACAAAAACAUGGCCUCCCUAUACCACCACAAGCCCAACAGCAGCAGCAGCAGAUGGCCGGCAAUGAUAACAGCAAUGUAAAUGUAACUGCCAUACCGACUCGUGUCUAUAACAAUGCCAUUGUAAAAGCUUCGGCAAAAGCUUCCGAGUGCAAUUUAUGUCGUAAACGUCAUGUCAUCGCUCCUCAACAGUACUGUACAAACUGUGAAUACUAUUUGAAGAUGUUGAACAAUCGCAGAUAA